AUGGCGACGGGGCUCGACGAGCAGGCAAUGGACGAGCGCGCGCGCGACGGGUCGACAUGGACGGCAGCGGAGGACAAACUAUUCGAGACGCUGCUCGUCGACAUGGACGCGUCGCCCGACGCCGCUGCAGCGGACGACGCGCGGUGGGAGGCGAUCGCGGCGAAGCUUCCGGGAAAGACGGCGGACGAGGUGCGGCGGCACUACGAGGUGUUGGAGGAGGAUAUUCGCGGCAUCGAGAGCGGCCGCGUGCCGCUGCCUGCAUUCGAUGCCAAUGGCGCGUACGUCCUUGCGAGUGCUGACGUCAAGGACGAGCCGAUGACGUCAGCGGGAUCUCCGCGAGACGGGUCAGGCGCGGAGGCGUCGGGGGCGCGGAAGGCGUCGGCGGGGAGCGCGGGCGCGGGGAAGGAGAAGCAGGCGUCGCCUGCGGGUCAGUCGAAGCAGCAGGCGUCGUCGCAGCAGCAGGCGUCGCAAGGGGCCGCGGCGCAGCAGGCGCGGGGGUCGGAGCAGGAGAGGCGGAAGGGCAUCCCGUGGACCGAAGAGGAACACAGGUGCGCGGCAUGGGGAAUGCGGAUGGGGAAGGACGCAGGCGCGCGCCGCGCUAUGUGCAGGAGGAGGGGGAUGGCGAGGGACGCAGGCGCGCGCUAUGGACAGGUAGAGGGGGGAGGGGGACGAACAGGUGCGCGCUUUGUGCAAGAGGGGGGGGUUGGAGGAACGCAGCACAUGACAGUGCAUGACAACACCCAGUGCACGCCCUCACACAUAUUCCCCCAUAUCUCCUCCUUGCUGAUGCUUGCUUCUGCCCACGCCUCUCCUCUCAUGCCCACGCCUCUCCUCUCAUGCCCAUCUCUCAUGCCCCUCCUCUCAUGCCCCUCCUCUCAUGCCCAUCUCUCAUGCCUCUCCUCUCAUGCCCAUGCCUCUGCACCCCCCUUCAGGCUCUUCCUGCUGGGGCUGGCCAAGUUUGGCAAGGGCGACUGGCGCAGCAUAUCGCGCAACUUUGUCAUCUCGCGCACGCCCACGCAGGUGGCGUCGCACGCGCAGAAGUACUUCAUCCGCCUGAACGCCAUCAACAAGGACAAGCGCCGCUCCUCCAUCCACGACAUCACCUCCGUUGCCGCUGCUCAAGGCGCUGCCGGCGACGCAGGCCAGCAGCAGAGCGGCCCGAUCACAGGGCAGCCGGCAGGGGCUGCUAGUGGGGGAGCGCAGCAGGCGCUGCAGCACCAGCACGCGCAUGCCCAUGCCCAUCCUCAUGCUCACACACACGCCCAAGGGGUGCCGUCCCACGGGCAGCCCAUGCCGCCUGCCUCUGCUGUGUUUGGCCCGCCGGUAGGGGCGCCGCCCAUGGGGCACGUGCACCACGGCAUGAUGCCCAUGCUGCCCGCCCCCGGGCACCCCGCGUAUGGCCCGCGCACCCACCUGGCGCGGCCUGUGGUGGCGGCACAUGGCAUGCCCCUCCCCCACAUGGGGUACGUGCAACCCCCCGCCAUGCACCAUUGA